AUGAGCGGGGCGGCUUUGGGAAGUGCUCGUGGGGCAAGCCAAACGAUGGCCUUCAAUCUAAGAGCGAUGGCCUCCAACCUACUAGCCAUGGCCAACAAGGCUUCUCGGAAUCCCACGGGUACUGGGUGGAGAAGUGCUGAUGCAGGCACUCCAGCAGCUGCUGCAGCCUCGGACAUGCACACUUGGGGUGAGAAAUCGCCCGAAGUCGCCCAACCAAGUGCAUCAGGUGGCUCUAACGUGUGGCCUGCUGAUUCGUUGUCUGAGCUUCUCCAGGGGCAGUCGAGGAUGAUUGCAGCUUCUGAAAUUCCAGAGGCACAUGCCGUGUCCUACAAUCCCAGCUCUGUGUCAGCAGCUCCUGCAGCUGUGCAUCCAAGUCGAGUAGCCAGACCACCUAUGGCCGCAUUGGUGGAAGAAAGUCCCUUUGCAUCUCCAGCUCGUGGGAUUGCAGUUAGGCGUUCCUCCAGAUCCUAUCGCCGAGAUUCCUACGGAGGUGGAGCUGGUUGGGAUGGUCGAAUGCUUGCCUCCCCUCCACUGAUCAGCCGCGGAGGGCUGAAUGUCCAGGCCAAUUGGGAACCACUUGGUCUUGGAGAGGGAGGUGGUGGGCAUCCAUUCCACAAGGGGUCCCGGCGUUCUAGCUCCAAAGGGCCUGGGCAGGUACCAAUCGGCAUUAAUCCCUCCAUUCAGGCCCAAAGCGCCAUGCUGCGGGAGAUGUACCCAAACGUUGCUAUGGGAGGUCCGGGACCUGGUCCCUUGGCUCGAGGCUAG